GAAGCCCACUCCUCAAGCAAUACUUCAUCCUCCUCCACUAGACGCCUCCGGGGAGCCAGAGCGGAGCGGGCUCGGUGUGCUGGUUCUCGGCAAGCCAGGGCUAAGACCGGGCGUGGAAGGAGCAACCAGAGACGCCGCGGUAGCGCGGGGCGCACUGGAAGUGCAGGGGACGCGCCCGCCGCCUGGGCUGCAGCGCCCGUGACCUCUAUAGUUUCAGCUGGGAACCUGGGCAGAGGAGUAAUUGAGAAACCCACGGAACUGACUGGCAGCAAGGAACAAGCCUGUGUUCUCCACGGUUCUUCCGCCCGUUUCUUCGCUCCAUGCCCAAGAGCUGCGCGCCGGCGCCGGGGCGAGAGCCAUGGAGGAACCAGGUGCUCUGUGCGCCCCGCCGCUGCCCGCUGGCUCCCAGACCGGGGUUCCUCAAACCAACCUCUCCGCUGCUCCCUCCCACAACUGCAGCGCCGAGGGCUACAUUUACCAGGACUCCAUCGCCCUGCCCUGGAAAGUACUGCUGGUUAUCCUGCUGGCGCUCAUCACCUUGAUCACCACGCUCUCCAACGCCUUUGUGAUCGCCACAGUGUACCGGACCCGGAAGCUGCACACCCCGGCCAACUACCUGAUCGCCUCCCUGGCUGUCACAGACCUGCUGGUGUCCAUCCUGGUGAUGCCCAUCAGCACCAUGUACACGGUCACCGGCCGCUGGACACUGGGCCAGGUGGUCUGCGACUUGUGGCUGUCGUCGGACAUCACCUGUUGCACUGCUUCCAUCCUGCACCUCUGUGUCAUCGCUCUGGACCGCUACUGGGCCAUCACGGACGCCGUGGAGUACUCAGCUAAAAGGACUCCGAAGAGGGCGGCAGUCAUGAUCGCGCUGGUGUGGUUCUUCUCCAUCUGUAUCUCGCUGCCGCCCUUCUUCUGGCGUCAAGCCAAAGCCGAGGAGGAGGUGUCGGAAUGCAUGGUGAACACCGACCACAUCCUCUACACCGUCUACUCCACGGUGGGCGCUUUCUACUUCCCCACCCUGCUCCUCAUCGCCCUCUACGGCCGCAUCUAUGUGGAAGCCCGCUCCCGGAUUUUGAAGCAGACGCCCAACAGGACCGGCAAGCGCCUGACCCGAGCGCAGCUGAUCACCGACUCCCCGGGAUCCACGUCCUCGGUCACCUCCAUUAACUCGAGGGCUCCCGACGUGCCCAGUGAAUCCGGGUCUCCUGUCUACGUGAACCAAGUCAAAGUGCGAGUCUCCGACGCCCUGCUGGAAAAGAAGAAACUCAUGGCCGCUAGGGAGCGCAAAGCCACCAAGACUCUGGGGAUCAUUUUAGGAGCGUUUAUUGUGUGUUGGCUGCCCUUCUUCAUCAUCUCCCUGGCCAUGCCUAUCUGCAAGGAUGCCUGCUGGUUCCACCUGGCUAUCUUUGAUUUCUUCACGUGGCUGGGCUAUAUCAACUCCCUCAUCAACCCCAUCAUCUAUACCAUGUCCAAUGAGGACUUCAAACAGGCAUUCCAUAAACUGAUACGCUUUAAGUGCACAAGCUGACUUGCCAAUUGCAGUGGGGUCGCUUAGGCGACCUUUGGGGACCAAGUUGGGUCUGGUUCCACAGGUAGGUCGAGUCUUCUUCCAGCUGUUACUGGGUCGGAGCGAGGCCCUGUGUCCUGGGCAAGGGCAAUAGAUUCUGAGAAGCCAGGAGAGCCCUGAGAGAGAGCUCUGAGAGGAGAACUGUUCAAAGUAAACAUAGAGCUUUCCUGAGGAGGAAGAUGCUCGCUUCCUUCCCUCUAACCCCAGGCUCAGCACUGACCCUGUGGCCGCAGUCAGUCACAAAGGGGGUUGCAACUUUUUAAAAUUGAUGAUGGAAAGGGGAUCCUUGCCCUGCUUUGGUAUCAUGGAUGAUGCCCUCUAGAACCAGUGGUACUUGAAGUUGUAUGAAACCUGUUUGAGAGAUCUGCAUACAGCCUGGCAGUACUUGAACUAAACGCUUAAUACCUUGUGUUUGGGGGGGAGAACUUUGUGUUUCAGCUUAAUUUAAGAACAGUUACCUUGGCAUCCUUCAGUCUUCAGUUUUUGUUUAUUUAAACUUGGUUGGAGAAACUUGUGGAUUUGGUGCUUCAAACACUACGUACCUGUGGUUUGGAUGAUGCAGAGAAACCUUGAAGAGUUGACAGCAAAAUUCUUAUGCUAAGAUCUC